CCGGUCCGGUACUUUUCCCUCACCCUGUAUAAUAAAUACACAGGGAGAGAACGCAUGAAUUGCCUCAGCUCUCGAGGUAAGGCAGCUCAUGCGUGUAUGCGAAUGUGUUUCAUGCGUAAAACGGAACGCAGAGCGAAAAAGUUAUUUAGCGAUAGAGUUAUUUAGAAUAUUGUAUUUGCAGUGCAGCUGCAAUAUUGCAGAUUUAAUAUUACGCAAUAUUGUGUUUGAAAUAUUGUUGCACCAUUGCAUUUACAAUAUGCAAUCUUGCAACGUUGCAGCAAUGCUGCUGCAGCUUUUGUGCUGUAUGGGUUAAUGCUUCUUUUCCAGAGGCUAUAUGCAGGAACCGACAUUUUGAGAAGCCAACGCGAUCGGAAUUUCAGGUGCAGAUGCGAGAAGCUUUGCGGGUCGCAAAGGAGAGAAAUCGCAGCAGGAUGCGUUCGCGCCAGCGAACAGUCCAGGCGAGGGUGGCGAGAGUUAACCACGAUCUUGGGGACGACGAGAGGACGGAAGAGGAAGACGAGACGGACGAACUGGACAAGUCUGAAGAAACAAACAAAUAAAUCACUCACAAUUAUGUGGUGGACCAAGGACCAAGCAGAGAUAUCAGAACUGCAGACGGAACAGCAUGCUGUUCCGUCUGCAGUUCUGGCAUCUUUGGCCGACCAAGUACCAAGGCCAAUGGAGCAAGCCUAAGGAGCGAGAAAGAAGAGACAGCGGAAGGAAAGGAGGACGGAGGAAGAAUAGAAGGAGGAGAGGGGAGAGAGGAGGAGAGAGACCAGUGUGGUCUCUGUGUGUGUGACACACGAAAUGGCACUUAUCAGUGCCCAUUUUUACAUGGUUCAUACAUAGACAUUGAUCAUGUUCGCUCUAAAUAAACGGCACUUUUUAGCGCCACUGCAACUGCAAUGAACGAUUCACACUGCGUCUGAUAUCCGAUGUACGACGUCCGAUUUUCAAUAGCAAAGUUCGUUUUCUAGAGAUUUUAGCAGAAUCUUUAAAAAACGCGCACUCUUCUGUUGAAUAUCGGACGUCGUACAUUGAAUGUCAGAUGUAGUAUGAAUUCUACACAAAAUACGUUUUUGGAUUAUUUUAUGUACUUUCACAUAUUAUUUUCUACGUUUAGGUAUACCUGUGCCAAAGGGAAGAGAGGCGGCAGUCUUCACCUUGUUCCAAAAUGACGUCUGAUGAAAAGACGGAGAUGGAUCACUGCUGACGUGUUCAAUC